CAAUCGGUGCUCUCAUAAGUAUCGUUCUACUAUGGAGAGAAAUAACCCUUGCAUCGUCAUGGUUCCAUCUCCAGGCUUCAGCCAUCUCAUCCCACUCAUUGAGUUCUCAAAACGACUCGUCGUUCAUCACCCUCACUUCCACAUCACCUUCUUCAUCCCCACGCUUGGCCCUCCCUCUCCAUCUACGCUCUCCAUCUUCGAAUCUCUCCCACCACAUAUACACUUCACUGUUCUUCCACAUGUCAAUGCCGAUGAACUCAAAGGAUUCGACUCUGCAACACAGAUCCACCGCACUGUUAUACUCUCUCUUCAAUCUCUUCAUAAAGCUUUGAGCUCUUUCAGUUCUCAGACACGUCUUGUCGCUAUGGUUGUCGAUCCAUUCUCUAUUGAUGCAUUGGACAUUGCAAAGCAAUUCAACCUCAACCUCCCUCAACCUCAAGUCGUAUGUUUUUUAUUUUUCCUCGGCUACUUUACUGUCAUUUUCCCUCCAUCUUCCCGAGCUUAUGGUUCCUACUGGUGGAUUCCGAGAGUUAUCACAACCUCUGGAGCUUCCAGGUUGCAUAAGUUUUCGAGGUAAGGAUCUUCCAGGACCUGAUCUUGAAAGAUCUUGUGAAACGUACAAAACAGUCCUUCACAUGUUCAAACGACUUCGUUUAGCAGAUGGUAUCAUAGUGAACAGCUUUCUAGAUUUUGAACCAGAGCCAAUAAUAGCUCUACAACAAAGUAAUUCUAAAUUCCCUCAUAUUUAUCCUGUGGGUCCUAUUUUGCGGACCGAGUCUAAGCACAUAAACAUGCCAGCUUCGGAGUGUUUAAUGUGGUUAGACAGUCAACCUAAAGACUCUGUGUUGUAUGUUAGUUUUGGGAGUGGUGGAACAUUGUCACAGGACCAGCUUCACGAACUUGCCUUAGGGUUAGAGAUGAGUGGCCACAAGUUCUUAUGGGUCGUGAGGGCUCCAAGUGGGGAUGCUUGUUCAGCUUAUUUGACUACACAAAAAAAGAAUGACCCUCUUGACUACUUGCCAGAAGGGUUCAUUGAGAGAACCAAGGGUGAAGGUUUUGUGGUCCCAUCAUGGGCCCCACAAAUUGAGAUUUUGAGACACGAGUCUAUUGGUGGGUUCUUGACUCACUGUGGCUGGAACUCAAUACUUGAGGCUAUUUUCUAUGGAAAGUCAAUGAUCGCAUGGCCAUUAUUUGCAGAUCAGAGAAUGAACGCAGUGAUGCUAACUGAGCAAUUUAAGGUUGCGUUGAGGCCAAAAGAUGAUGAGAAUAAUAAUGGGAUUGUAGAGAGAAAAGAAGUUGCUAGAGUUGUGAAAAUAGCAAUGGAAGGUGAUGAAGGCACAGAACUUCGAAGAAGAAUUCAAGCGUUAAAGGAUGCUGCUCUUAGAGCACUUGGUGAAGAUGGUUCAUCUACAAGGACUGUCUCAAAUUUAGCAUUUGAAUGAAAAAUAUUUGUGGCAAGGUAAAAAUAUUAUACAUCCUUUCAACUAAUAAUUAAUUAGUAUUUUUUUCCCUUCAGUAAAUUAUUUUCAUGGUUUCUUGCCUCCUUAAGUCCUUAGGAACCCCUAGAAACUGCGUGUGUUAUAUCCUUCAAUGUAUCUCUUAUAACAAUAGUAUAAAAUUAUGGAAUUAUAUAUACAUAGAAAUUGGUUGUUUGUAA